GAGCCGUCGCAUCGGUGAUUGGCCGAGGCCGCCUCCAGCCCCCGUCCACGUCCCCUCCCCCUCGCAGCUUGGGACUCCAGCGCCCGGCCGCGCUAAGGCGGCGAUCCAGCGAGCGCGCGUGCAGCCGCCGCCGCCCCGAGCCCCCGCAGCUCCCGCGCCGCGGCGAGACCCAGGAGAGACCGACCCGCCGACGGACUCUCGAAGCUGCAGCAUCCUGGAAGAGAUCAUGCUUGCCAAUUCUGCCAGCGUGCGAAUUCUCAUCAAGGGAGGCAAGGUGGUGAAUGAUGACUGCACCCAUGAGGCUGAUGUCUACAUUGAGAACGGCAUCAUCCAGCAGGUGGGCCGUGAGCUCAUGAUCCCUGGAGGGGCCAAGGUGAUCGACGCCACUGGGAAGCUGGUGAUCCCUGGAGGCAUCGACACCAGCACCCACUUCCACCAGACCUUCAUGAAUGCCACGUGCGUGGACGACUUCUACCACGGAACCAAGGCAGCACUAGUUGGAGGUACCACCAUGAUCAUCGGCCACGUCCUACCUGACAAGGAAACCUCCCUCGUGGAUGCGUACGAGAAGUGCCGGGGUCUGGCUGACCCCAAGGUCUGCUGUGACUAUGCCCUCCACGUGGGGAUCACCUGGUGGGCACCCAAGGUGAAAGCAGAGAUGGAGACUCUGGUGAGAGAGAAGGGUGUCAACUCGUUCCAGAUGUUCAUGACCUACAAGGACUUGUAUAUGCUUCGGGACAGUGAGCUGUACCAAGUGCUGCACGCUUGCAAAGACAUCGGGGCAAUCGCCCGAGUCCAUGCUGAAAAUGGGGAGCUCGUGGCAGAGGGUGCUAAGGAGGCGCUAGAUUUGGGUAUCACAGGUCCAGAAGGAAUAGAGAUCAGCCGUCCAGAGGAGCUGGAAGCUGAAGCCACUCACCGAGUUAUCACCAUUGCAAACAGGACUCACUGUCCGAUCUAUCUGGUCAAUGUGUCCAGCAUCUCGGCCGGUGAUGUUAUCGCAGCUGCUAAGAUGCAAGGGAAGGUUGUGCUGGCUGAGACCACCACUGCGCACGCUACCCUGACAGGCUUACACUACUACCACCAGGACUGGUCCCAUGCCGCCGCCUAUGUCACGGUGCCUCCCCUGAGACUGGACACCAACACCUCAACCUACCUCAUGAGCCUGCUGGCCAAUGAUACUCUGAACAUUGUGGCGUCAGAUCACCGGCCUUUCACAACAAAGCAGAAAGCUAUGGGCAAGGAGGACUUCACCAAGAUCCCGCAUGGAGUGAGUGGCGUGCAGGACCGCAUGAGCGUCAUCUGGGAGAGAGGCGUGGUUGGAGGGAAGAUGGAUGAGAACCGUUUUGUGGCCGUCACCAGUUCCAAUGCCGCGAAGAUUCUCAACCUGUACCCCCGCAAGGGCCGCGUCAUCCCGGGAGCCGAUGCCGACGUGGUGGUGUGGGACCCCGAAGCCACAAAGACCAUCUCAGCCAGCACCCAGGUGCAGGGAGGAGACUUCAACCUGUACGAGAACAUGCGCUGCCACGGUGUGCCGCUGGUCACCAUCAGCCGGGGGCGGGUCGUGUAUGAGAAUGGUGUCUUCAUGUGCGCUGAGGGCACUGGCAAGUUCUGUCCCCUGAGGUCCUUCCCAGACACUGUCUACAAGAAGUUGGUCCAGAGAGAAAAGACCUUAAAGGUUAAGGGAGUGGACCGCACUCCCUACCUGGGGGAUGUAGCUGUCGUUGUGCAUCCUGGGAAAAAAGAGAUGGGAACGCCACUCGCAGACACACCUACCCGGCCUGUUACCCGACAUGGGGGCAUGAGGGACCUUCAUGAAUCCAGCUUCAGCCUCUCUGGCUCUCAGAUUGAUGACCAUGUUCCAAAGCGAGCCUCAGCUCGGAUCCUCGCUCCCCCCGGAGGCAGGUCAAGCGGCAUUUGGUAAAGGCACUGACCAGCCCCCCAAGUGAGGAUGCACUGCUGCCACCAGCCCGCACACCCUCCGGCCGAAGCUGCAGGGGCAGGAGAGGCUGGGCUGGGCAGCUCACCACCUGAGGGGCUAUGGGACCCGGGGAGCCCUCCCCAUGUCUGACACGUGAUUCACUGUGUUUCGAGCCGACCCUAACAGGCACUUUGAGAUGUGUUCCUCCUGCUGCCGUCCUUUCCUGCCCUGGCCUCAUGGGGCCCAGGAAGCCCACACUAUGCACAGAGCCCAACGCAUAGAGCCCCGCCCAGCCCCUCCUCUCACACCUGCCUCCAUGUGCUGGCUUCGGGAAAGCCCAGACUUGAGUGCCCUGUCCCUGGCUGACCCGCCAGUUGUCCAGAGCACUUUAGCAGAUGUAUUUUAAAAGGACUCCCUUCCCCGGCCCACUUAGGCCUCGUGGUCCCUUUUCUCAAGUCAGACAGGUGUUUGCUGCCCAGCCAUGCCCAGGACACCCCGUUUUUCCUGACUCACCUCUGGCCCCUGUGUGGGUGUGGUUGGGAUACACUGCACCCCUUUGCCAGCUUCUUCCUCUCCCUCCCCCAUCCUCUGGGAGUCACAGGCCCAGAAGGGCUAGCUGGGCAGGGCGUGAGGCUGGUGCCAGGAGCGUGUACAUGAUUUUGUUUUGCACGUUUGGUUUGCGCAGUGGUUUGGUUUGACUUGUUUGUGCAACCUGUGAAAAAUAACGGUGCUUUGUGUCACUAGCAUAGCAUAGAAACAGGAAUAGAUGUGGACCUUAGGAGAUGCUGCACUCGACACCAACCAGACAGCCUAGGGCACAGAGGGGGUGGAGGGUAGAGGGUGCUGGGCUUAUGGGCCCUUCUCCCACCUGGAGUCUUCCAGCUGCCACAGGCCUUGUCCCAGGCCCUCUUCCCACCUCUUCCCUUACAUUCUGAGAGGGUGCCUAGGGUGCUGGCCCUGAAGACCUUUGGGUAGUAGCAUGGCCUUUCCUAUCCCUGGCCCUGGUCACUCCCAGCACUGACACACCCAGCUUCCUGUCAACUCCCCCUGCUGGACAGAGGCCCAGCUGCUCCUCCUGUGUGAUUGGCAAGAGGCCUGAUGCCUGCUAAGAGAGGGGGAGCAGGACUAGGGAGAGUAGGCUAGCUAGAUGCCAGGGAAGGAGACCAGGCCAGCAGGACCUGGCUAUAGUAGUCACAUCGCUGCACAGGUGCUGUGGUCUCCUGUGGUUAGCACCGUCCCCUCACCUGCUGUAGCCUCCAUCUCCUCCUACGUCCAGGGGCCCUCCCUGCCUCCAAAGCUCCAGAUUUCCAUGGAAAUACUAGAGGCUGGGUGAUGUCCAGCCACCCUGAGUGAGCUGGGCAGUGACCCAGCCACCUCCCCUUGUUAAGCCUCGUCCUCCCCUCGGGGAAGUGAUUUCAUGUUGCACAUUCAGUUUAAGCACCCCGGGCUGCACAUGGCUCCUGGACUUUUGGGUUAGUGGUCAUACCUUGCACAUGUCUACCGUGCUUUUCAUGUUUUCAAAGCACUUCCAUAUACAAGUGCUCAAUUGCUCCUCAUGACCACUGAGCAUGUAUUACUCUCCCAUUUCAAAGAUAAGGCUCAGAAAGUUUAGACCUUCUGGCUCCAGAGGUGUUGUGAUACCCUUAAGAGCUUGGCUAUCUACCCCAGCUGUGGAAAGGAAGAGUGCGGUGAUGUCCCUUGUAGAUCCUACCUAGAAUUUAACCAGUUAGAAGACUUACUCCCCUGAUAGGCAGUCUGCUUUGUUUUGCACAGGUAGAUAGAUUUUUCUUGUAAUGCAUAUUCACCGUUUGAGCCAGAACUAGUUACAUGUUGGGGGUUUGCUAUGUGGUUUGAGCUGCCUCCAUAUCCUUAUCCCUUCAUGCUCAUCUUCCUCAUUUAGGGGCUGAGAUGACAGAAACGGUAGCCCAGGGAACAGAGGCAGCAAAGGCACUCCUGGAGGGUGGCAGCCAUGGGUUCAGUGGCUAGGGAUCUGGGCCUGGGGAACCAUGACACUGACCCUUUGGUACCAUGUAUAUCAUCAUUAUCCCUUCUCAGCCCUUGUUGGGUCAUGGGCCUUGGGCAGAUGCCAAAGAGCCAAGCAGUGGUGGUGGCCCACGGGCAGAGCAUCCCUGCUUGGGCUAGGAAAGCUUUACCUUCUCUGAGUGCCUCCGCCCGAGAGAUGCAUGGCCUGUGGCUCUGGGAGACCACGCCUUGGAGUGGUCCACCGUAGGCCUUUCACUUCACCCACCCCUGAUCCUUACAUAGACCCCACCCUUGCCCAGGAGCUUCUAGAUGAAAAUCAGAAGGAUGUUCAAGGAACCAAAUGAAAGGUCAGCCCCCACCACCCGCUCCUUGCCCCUGUGCAGAGUUCCAGCCAGCUUCAUCAGCCCCGCGGGCUCCUGGUUGGAAUGAAAAGGGUCUCUGGUUGCACUGAAUGCAGCUCUCAAACUGGUCUUGUACUUGCUGAAUAAAUACUGUUGUUCUUGCCUUAGCUGCUCUCUAGGUUUGUGAGGUUAAGUUACCAGAAAAUUGUGCUACUGUGUGUGCGUGUGUGUGUGCGUGUGUGUAGUGCUAGGAGUCCACAGUAGGUCUCUCUCUCUGUCAAGCCAAUGGCGUGAUGAGGGCUUUUCCAGCACUGACCCAGAAACCACAGAACCACGCGAAAACUCAAACCCCCUCCAGCUGCCCAGGUAGCAGGCACAGCCUGAGGUCGGGAUGGAGCCCCCAGCACCCAAGUGACUUCCCCACUCUGUAAAAGUCAUGGUGCUAAGAUUGUGUCAACCCCAAGACAAUACAUGGUCCUGUGCUUUGGCCACCUGUUUGAGGCAAAAAAUAAAUAAAACAGCCCGACACCUUGUGUUCUGGUGCAGGUUUGUAUUAAACUGUAGCUACUUCUCA